AUGCCGCCCGCCGUCUUCACUUUUUACGCGCCGCAUCCCCACACAGUGGAUGCAACUGAAGACGAGAUCUUGCAGCGGCUGGAAAACUUCCCGGUCACGAAUGCUGUGAUUGACUUCCCCAGACAGGGUGGCAAUGUCCAGGUCGAGCCGGAGAUGGGUCUCUAUUGUGACAUUGUCUACACCAAGGAUGGUCGUGCUGUUGAGCGCCUGGUGCCGCGCAGAAUCGCUGCUUUCAAUGAUUGCUCAAUACGACAACUGGAUGGGUCGUCAAAGCUGAGCGAAAAGAAGAAUUGGGGCUUCGGCAGCAAGGGGAUUAGCCUUCGAAGCUUCCGCAUCAACAGCAUCUCCCGUGGCAGCUAUGUGGAUCAGCUCUGCAUGGCAUCCUACAUCAAGAGAGGCGACCAAACUUUCGACUACAGCAUCCCAGCGCCAGCAAGGAAUUACCUUCUUUUCCACGAUGCCUUGUUGGACUGGAUCGUUGAGCGCAUCAACACCCAGACAGACACAGACAAGUGGGAGGAGAUUUUCCCCCGCCUCGUGCAGAGUGACUAUCCCGUGUCCAUGUGGAUAGCGCUGGGGGCAGGCGAAUACACCGACUGGGGUAACAACAACUUCUUGCAGCCGAAGGAUGAGACUCUGGUGCUGAUCUACGAUGAGAAGCGCUACCCAAAAGGGCCCAGCGCGGGCCUUGUGGAGUCUUUGUUCCAGGACUUCGAUGCGCCUGAGGGCAUCAUUGCUCUCCAUCAAACCUUUGUCUGA